CUAAAAAAGCAAAAAAGCAACCCUCUCCCCAACACCCAAUUUCUUUUUCCCCCUUCCCAUUUUUCCAUUCCACCGUCCGGAAAACCCCAAAGCAUUCCCUACCUCGAACACCACGCACCCACGCUAGAGAAAUGAACUCCCGUGGUAACGUAAACGGCGAGCACAACUCACACCCAAACCCCAACCACCGCCCUUAUCCUACUCCUCCUCACCACCACCACCCCUCCUACCAUCCUCGGCCCUCGUCCUCGGCUUCCUUCAGAGGCUGCUGCUGUUGCCUCUUCCUCCUUCUAACCUUCCUCGCUCUCCUCCUUGUCGCCGUAGUCCUAGUCGUAGUCCUCGCCAUCAAGCCCAAGAAGCCCCAGUUCGAUCUGCAGCAGGUAAACGUCCAGUACAUCAUCGUCGCGCCGUCAGCGGCGGCGACGGCUGCCUACCUCUCCCUGAAUCUGACCAUGAUCUUCACGGCCGUUAACCCCAACAAGGUCGGGAUCAAGUACAGCCCCUCGGCCUUCUACAUCAUGUACAAGGGGGUGCCGCUGGGGCUGGCGACGGUGCCGGGAUUCUACCAGCCGGCGCACAGUAGAAGGACCGUGGAGACCAGGGCUAGCGUGGACCGGGUUAACGUGCUCCAGCAAGACGCGCUGGAGCUGGUGCGGGACGCGACGUUGAACGACCGAGUCGAGCUCAGGGUGACAGGGGACGUCGGAGCCAAGAUCCGGAUUAUGGAGAUUACUUCGCCCCGGGUUAAGGUGGCGGUCGAUUGUGCGAUUGUGAUUAGCCCGAGAAAGCAGUCGCUUACUUACAAGCAAUGUGGAGUGGAUGGAUUGAGCGUCUGAUGCUCGUCGGACGAUAAGACAGUAAAAAAGAGUCUGUCUGUAAUAUGGAAUUUUCGGCUUUUUAUUUUUAUUUUUUUUUCGCAAUUGAAAUUGGAAAUUGGAAAUAGGAACCGUUCCCCCUUUCUUCUUUUCUUCAA